AUGAGAGGCGAUUCUCUACCCACACACCAGCGGCGGUGGGCCUCGGAUACCGUUCCCUCCAAUACCACACUCAGCUCACCAGCGUCGCCGGCCAUCGAAUCCAACUCGGCCGAGGAGUUUGUUGAGGUCACCCUCGAUCUCCAAGACGAUGACACCAUCGUACUCCGAAGCGUCGAGCCGGCCACCGCCAUCAGCGUCGAUGGCGGAGCCGAUACUCCGGCAUCCUCCUCGACAUCCGUUUCUCGAUCGUCGACGUUCAAGCGGAGCUCUUCGAACAGACUGCGACAGUUUUCGCAGGAGCUGAAAGCCGAAGCCGUGGCGAAAGCGAAGCAGUUCUCACAAGAGUUAAAAGCCGAACUGCGGCGGAAGUUCUCAUGGGGCCACGGACACGCCGGUCAGGCAAUCGCCGGAUUCGAUUCGGCUUUAACCGCUCGGGCUCUAAGAAAGCAGCGCGCUCAGCUCGACCGGACCCGGUCCGGCGCCGAAAAAGCCCUCCGCGGCUUAAGAUUCAUGAGUAACAAUAAAGCCAAUGCAUGGAAAGAAGUCGAAAACAAUUUCAACAAACUCGCCGAAGACGGUUUUCUCUUCCGUUCCGAUUUCGCUCAAUGCAUAGGAAUGGAGGAGUCGAAGGAAUUUGCGUCGGAGAUAUUCGAUGCACUGAGUAGACGGAGAAGAUUAAAAGUUGAAAAAAUCAACAGAGAUGAACUUCAUGAAUAUUGGUCUCAAAUCACAGAUCAAAGCUUUGAUUCUCGUCUCCAGAUCUUCUUCGACAUGGUGGACAAGAAUGAAGAUGGCAGAAUAACCGAGGCUGAAGUGAAAGAGAUAAUCAUGCUUAGUGCUUCGGCAAACAAGCUAUCGAGAUUGAAGGAGCAGGCAGAAGAAUACGCAGCUCUGAUCAUGGAGGAGUUGGACCCUGAAAGACUUGGAUACAUUGAGCUAUGGCAGCUGGAGACGCUUCUCUUGCAAAAGGACACAUAUCUGGGCUAUAGUCAAGCCCUAAGCUACACAAGCCAAGCCCUUAGCCAAAACUUACAGGGAUUAAGAAACAAGUGCGGGAUCAGAAGAAUGGGGACUAAACUUUUGUACUAUCUGGAAGAGAAUUGGAAGAGGAUAUGGGUGUUGUCACUGUGGAUUAUGAUCAUGAUAGGGCUCUUCACUUGGAAGUUCUUUCAAUACAAGCACAAGAGUGCUUUUGUAGUCAUGCGUUCUUGCGUCGCCACGGCCAAAGGAGCCGCCGAGACCCUCAAGUUUAACAUGGCUCUGAUUCUGUUGCCGGUCUGCCGGAACACCAUUACUUGGCUCAGGUCCACCAGGUUGGGUCUCUGGGUGCCUUUCGACGACAACAUCAACUUUCACAAGACAAUAGCAGCAGCAAUUGUUAUUGGAGUCAUUCUCCAUGCUGGUAACCAUCUUGCCUGUGAUUUUCCGAGGCUAAUCCACUCGUCUACCGAUGACUAUAGACUCUACCUCCGUGAUUUCGGAAAUCGUAAACCGACAUACAUGGACCUGGUAAAGGGACCCGAAGGGGUGACGGGAAUUUUAAUGGUUAUCUUCAUGGCAAUAGCAUUUACACUAGCAACAAAAUGGUUUAGGAGGAACCUGAUUAAGCUGCCCAAGCCCUUUGAUAGAAUAACUGGCUUCAAUGCUUUCUGGUACUCACACCACCUGUUUGUCAUCGUCUACAUCUUGCUCGUCAUCCAUGGCGUCUUCCUUUAUCUCGUGCACAUAUGGUAUCGUAAGACGACCUGGAUGUACGUAGCAGUUCCAGUUGUGUUAUAUGUUGGAGAAAGGACCCUGAGAUUUUUCCGCUCUGGUUUCGAUACUGUUCGGCUUUUGAAGGUUGCAAUUUAUCCAGGAGGUGUUCUCACAUUACAAAUGUCUAAGCCGCCUCAAUUUCGGUACAAGAGUGGACAGUACAUGUUUGUGCAGUGCCCUGCGGUCUCCCCCUUUGAGUGGCAUCCAUUCUCUAUAACCUCUGCUCCCAGUGACGACUACCUUAGCGUUCAUAUCCGUCAGCUAGGCGACUGGACGCAAGAGCUCAAACGCAUAUUUUCGGAGGUUUGUGAACUUCCUGUUGCCGGGAAAAGCGGACUUCUCAGAGCAGAUGAAUCGUCGAAGAAAAGUUUCCCAAAGCUCUUAAUCGAUGGGCCAUAUGGAGCUCCAGCUCAAGACUAUCACAAGUAUGAUGUACUGCUACUGGUAGGCCUAGGAAUUGGUGCAACACCAUUCAUCAGCAUUUUGAAAGAUCUGCUUAACAACAUUGUCAAAAUGGAGGAGCAGGCGGAUUUGGCCACAGAUAUCAGCAGGACAUCAGACCAAAGUAAUGGGAGCAAUGAAUCAACCGCUCCCAAUAGAGCCUUGGCCAAACGAAAGAGAGCUCUUAAGACGACCAAUGCUUACUUUUAUUGGGUAACCAGAGAGCAAGGUUCAUUCGAUUGGUUCAAAGGAGUAAUGGAUGAAGUUGCAGAUCUCGAUCAAAGGGGGGUGAUUGAAAUGCACAACUAUUUGACAAGCGUGUACGAGGAAGGAGACGCACGUUCGGCUCUCAUCACCAUGGUACAAGCACUAAACCAUGCCAAGAAUGGCGUCGACAUUGUUUCGGGCACCAGGGUACGGACCCAUUUUGCAAGGCCUAAAUGGAAGAAUGUCCUCUCCAAACUAAGUUCCAAGCACUGCAACGCAAGGAUAGGAGUCUUUUACUGUGGGGCACCUGUUUUGGCAAAAGAACUCAGCAAGCUCUGCCAUGAGUUCAACCAAAAAGGAUCCACUAAAUUUGAAUUCCACAAGGAGCAUUUCUAAUGAGAAAUUAAAUGUGGAUAGAGCAAAUAGAAACCCUAACUACUUUCUCUAUAACUAGAGAAACAAGAAUUAUUUACAUUAUCAAUACAAGAAAGCAGGAGUUUUGUACAGCCUUGGAAAAGAACAGAACAGAAAAGCAAUGCAGUUGAAUUAGGUGCAUGGAUGAAUACCCA